AUGUCUACAUUUCUACUUGCCUCCGACAUCAAGCGAUUCACUGCUUCGUCGUCGAGCGCCACAUCUCUUCUCUUCUCUUCUCGCCUGAGAGCUUCAACCACAUCUUCAUCACGGACAUCAGCGUCGAGAUUCUUCACGGCUCUUCAGCCACGACAACGAAGUUACAUCUCCGCCUCUUCAAGCCUCCGCAACAUUCAUCGCGAAGGGGGUCAGAUUGUCCCGACGGACCAACCACCAUGUCCGGUCAGGACUCGUCCGGCCAUCGUCUACAGGGAUUGCUUAUCGAGGGGUACAGUGCAGACAGCAGGAGAUUUUAAUGUACAGAAGGAUAUUGAAGAACUUCACAAAGCGUUUAAAAGUGCGGAUGACAAGGUAAUCACAGAGAUUCUAUCGAGGCGGACAAAUGAACAGAGACAAGUCAUUGCGAAGGCGUAUGAGGAGAAAUAUAACACGAACCUUCACGCCGAAUUACAAGUGGACUUGAGUGAGCCAUACCGAAAAGCAGUCAGCGGACUCCUCGAAGAACCCUUCAUUUUCCUCGCAAAACAUGUCAGGCACACUUUAAAGAGUUCGGCGCUCGCCCAUAAAGACGUCCCGUUACUCGAGAUUUUAUACCCACUUGAACCACAGGAGGUAGAUGCAAUUGUACAGGCCUACAAAGAAGAAUAUAAUCAGGAAUUGGAGGAGGAGAUUGGAAAGCAAAUAAGCGGAGUAUUCAAGGAUAUACUCAUUCGGCUUGUUACCGGAAAACGCAGUACACAUCGAAAAGUUGACGUCCCCCAAAGGAACAAAGAUCUAGAAUACCUCAGAAAUAAUACGGCAGAACGUCUGCAAUCAGCUGAUGAUGACGUCAUUAGGAUCUUCGGUAACUCGAGUUUACCGCAACUGUCUUCCAUAUUCCUCAAUUUUGACAAGGCGGGAGGUUGCACGCUGCAAGAGUUCAUCAGAAACAGUGGCAUGGAAGCUCGCAGCAAGGAGGCAUUCGGCGUGAUGGUGAAGAGCGUGUAUAAUCGCACAGGGUUUUAUGCUGAUCAGCUCCACAUGGCCAUCAAAGACAUCAGCUCAGGCAAUGAUGACAAGCUCAUGAGAAUUGUCAUCUCAAGAUCCGAGAUCGACUUGGAAAAUAUCAAGGACUUCUUCCAAAGUGCGUACAGUCACACACUCACCGAUUUUGUCUACGACGACACGAGCGGAGACUACAGGAAUCUGCUGCUCCGAUUGGUCGGCAUGUAGACUACGUAGUGAUGACGUCACUCUCACAAAAGCAGCCUCUCUCUCUCUCUCUCUCAGUCAUGUCUCAGAUUUAUUUGUUUGGGCAUUGCAUACAUUCACGUGUUUUGUUCUGUUUCUGCUUCCACUUUCUCAAGAGGGUAUAUUUGAAUAGUUUUUGAUUGAGUAGAUCUGUCAUUUUUCUGUUAAUCUUUCCAUCUUCUGUUCAUAUUUCCAUCCAUCACUCUUCUUUUUUAUUUACUUUCUAUCUUUCUGUUUAUCUUUCCAUUCGACACGUUUCUAUUUUUCUGCACUGCCGCCAUAAAUCCCACCGAAAUACUACGAUAAAAUGUUUAAGAUACGUCCGACGGAUACGUAUCUGUAAUGGUAAUUAUCCAAUGUUUUCUUCAUAGUUUAGAUGGGUCUGCGGAUGGGUCUAAAUGUGUAUAAUAUCAGGAAUUUUUCAUUGUUUAUUUAAAUUGUAUUCGGGAGGGAG